UACGAGAACAAGCAGUACAAGAAGGGUCUCAAGGCUGCCGACGCGGUGCUGAAGAAGUUUCCGAAUCACGGCGAGACGCUCUGCAUGAAGGGGCUCAUCGUGUCGUACGCGACGCCGGAGAACAAAGAGGAGGCGUACGAGCUCGUGAAGCACGGGCUGAAGUACGACGUGCGAUCGCACGUGUGCUGGCACGUGUACGGGCUCCUGAACCGCGCGGACAGGGACUACCGCGAGGCGAUCAAGUGCUACCGAAUGGCGCUGCGCAUCGACGAUCAGAACGCGCAGAUCUUGCGAGACCUCUCGUGGCUGCAGAUCCAAGUUAGGGACCUGGACGACUUCGUGGAGACGCGAAGGCAGCUGCUGCAGGGGAAGCCGACGCAGAAGACGAACUGGAUCUCGUUCGCGAUGGCCAACUUCCUGUGCGGGAAGCACGACGUCGCGCUCUCCGCGAUCGACAAGUACGAGACGUCGGUGAAGAAACACGCCAAGCCGGAUGACCCUCUCAUGGCGAAAUACGAGGACAGCGAGCUCAUCAUGUUCCAGGCGAUGAUCUUAGAGGAGGCUGGGAAGUUUAAGGAGGCGCUCGCGCUGAUCGCGGCGAGGGAGGGGAAGAUCGUGGACGCGAUCGGCGCGAUGGACGCGCGCGCGAGGAUGCUCCUCGCGAUCGGCGACGUCUCCGGCGCGGCGGACGCGUACCGAGCGUUGAUCGAUCGCAUGCCGGAUAACCACGAGUACCACCGGGCUUUGCAUAAGUGCAUCAUUGGGGUGGACGACGUGUCGGACGUCGCGUCGCUAAACGCGGACGACGUGAGCAAGCUAGAGGCGUUGUACGACGAGCUCGGGGUGAAGCAUCCGCGGUGCGACACGAUCAAACGGUUUCCGUUGGAGUACUCGUCGGGCGCCGCGUUCGAGGCGAAGCUCCGCGCGUUCGCGGAGAAGCCGCUCCGCAAGGGCGUCCCGUCGCUGUUCCAGGACAUCGAGGCGCUGUACGCGAACGACGAGAAGGCGGCGAUCAUGGGGCGCGUGUUCGAGGACAUCGCGGAGACGUUGGAAAAGACGGGCGCUUUUCCUCCCGCGCAAGGCGAUGGAGAGAAAGAGAAGGAGAAGGAGAAGGACCCGUCGUCGUGCCGCGUCCACGCGCUCGCGCUGCUCGCGCACCACAAGUCCAAGACGGGCGACGACGCCGGCGCGCUCGCGACGAUCGACGCCGCGCUCGCGAUCGAGUCCAAGUCGAAGAUCGAGUGCCUGCUCGCGAAGGCGACCUUCUUGGAGAAGGCGGGCGCGUUGAGAGACGCGGCGAGGGUUGGGGAAGAAGCGCGCGCCGCCGACCUCGCGGACCGGUUCCUCAACAGCGUCUGCGUGCGACGGCUGCUGCAGUGCGGCGAGCACGAGGAAGCGGAGAAGACGGUCGCGCUGUUCACGCGCGACGGCGACCAGGCGUCCAACUUGUACGACAUGCAGUGCGCGUGGUUCGAGAAUUACGCGGGCCGAUGCCACGCCGCCGCGGGCCGCCGCGGCCGCGCGCUGAAAUACUUCCAAGCCGUGAAGACGCACUACGACGACAUGGAAGAAGACCAGUUCGACUUCCACCAGUACUGCCUGCGCAAGAUGACGCUGCGAUCGUACGUCGAGAUGCUGCGCGUAGAGGACGCGCUCUACGCCCGCGCCGCGUACAGGGAAGCCGCGAAAGGCGGCAUCGAGACGUACGUCGACUUGCACGACAAGCCGCUCGCGGAUGAGGAAGCCGCCGAGGAGGCGAUGCUCGCGGCGAUGACGUCGGACGCGCGGAAGCAAUACCGGAAAGACAAGCGGAAGACGGAGGAGAAAGAGGCGAAGAUCAGGGAGGCGAAGAAGCGGGAGGAGGAGAGGGAGCUGAAGAAGGCUGCGGACGCGGCGGCCAAGGAGGGGAAGAAGCGAAAGCCGACGCCGAAGAAGGAGGACCCGGAUCCGAAUGGCGAGAAGCUCGCGCGCACGAAGACGCCGUUGGACGACGCCGCGAAGCUGCUCGAGCCGUUGCUGAGACACGCGGGGGCGCACCUCGAGACGCACGCGCUCGCGUUCGAGGUGUACGCGCGCAAAGGGAAGCUCCUGAAGGCGUUGCGCGCGGUGAAC